CUCAUUCCUUAAACCUCAACAUCAGCCUACAAAAUUUCCUCUUACUAUUGUUCUGAAUUUCAGUUUCCUUUUUCUCUCUUUUUCUCAUCACUCAUCUUCUCUUCUCUAUAUUUAUAUAUAUCAAAGAAAUUGUUACUAUAAUUCAUGGCUUUGCAUAAACAUCUUCUAUUGAUUUUCUUAGCUUGUUUGAUUAGCUCUUCUUAUGCUUAUCAAUUCUACGUUGGUGGAAAAGAUGGUUGGGUUCCUAACCCUUCUGAAAAUUACAACAAUUGGGCUGAACGAAUGCGAUUCUCGGUCAAUGACAUUCUACUGUUCAAGUACAAGAAAGGAUCAAAUUCAGUAUUAGUGGUAAACAAGGAUGAUUAUGACAAGUGCAACACAAAUAAUCCGAUCAAGAAAAUGGAUGAUGGGAAUUCUAUAUUCAAAUUUGAUCGUUCUGGUCCUUUCUUUUUUAUUAGUGGAAAUAAAAAUGAUUGUGAAAAAGGAUCACAAAAAUUAAUUAUUGUUGUUUUAGCUAUUAGAACUCCUCCUUCUUCUCCUACACCACCUACCCCCUCAACUCCAGCUCAUGGUCCUGUAGCUUCUCCUCCGGCAACAUCUCCGGCGACACCUCCGGCAACAUCUCCAGUUCCUGCUCCUGUAAACCAAACACCUAGUUCAUCUCCAGGAAAUGCUCCAACUCCGGCAAUAUCUCCGGCGACACCUCCGGCGACAUCUCCAGUUCCUGCUCCUGUAAAUCAAACACCUACUUCAUCACCAGGAAAUGCUCCAACUCCAGCAUCUUCUCCAGCUAUAUCUCCGUCAACAUCUCAUGCGCCGUCAAUCAACAGUCCAUCAUCUUCGCCGUCGCCGGCUACAUCUCCGGCACCGGCGAGAAUUUCACCAUCCGGAGACAUAACAGCUCCAUCGCCUUCAUGGAGUGGCUCAUCAUCAUCUCCAACUUCAUCUCCUCCGGCAUCAAGCACGCCGGAAUCACCAGGGAAGUCACCGCCGGGAAGUAUUGCUCCGACAACUGGCGGCGGAAACUCUCCGCCGGCGGAUAUUCAGUCACCUACUGGUUCAUCAACCAAUAGCAAGAAUUCUGCAGUAAAAGCAUUUACUCCUUCAGCUGUAUUGAUGUCAAUUGUUUUGACUAUAGUUUUGGGAGGAUUCGUCGUUUCUCCUUAGUGGAAAAUAGUCCAAAAAAAAAAAAAAAAAAAGAGAGAGAGAGAGAAAAUACUAAAUUAUAGUUACUUAUAGUUUGGUUUUCUUUCUCUUUUUGUUUGUUUUUUUUUUUCCUUCUCAAUUGUGUUUUAUUUGAUUCUUGGUACAUUGAAUUAUUGUGAGGUUUGGAUAUAUACAAAGGCAGUAUUUAGUUAUUAUUUU